CGCGGCGGCGGCGCGGGGGCCGGCCGUCACAAGCAGAAAAAGCGGAAGCAGGAGCUUGGGGAGCUGGGGCCGCAGCCGCGGAAGGACGCGGCAGCGGCACCGCUGCACGAGGGCGGCAGCGGUAAAAAGCGGCGGCAGAGCCUUGAGAGCGCCGCGGCCGCGGCUGCGGGAGCGGCGGCGGCGGCGGUGGCGGCGGCGUCAGAGGCAGAGCGCACGCCGGUGCAGGCGGCCAAGCGGCCGGCCGGUGGCAAGGCUCUUGGCAAGGCGCUGGUUGGCAAGACGCCGACCCGCGCCGUCGCACACAAUCUAAAAUCGCCUGCCAAGGGCACGCCCGCAGCUGCUGUUGCGGCCACGGGGCCGGCCAGCGCGGCAGGGGUUGGUGCUCAGGGCGCGGCGGCGGCUGUGCGGACCCCGAUGAGUGGCAAAAAACUGAAGGAGCGCAGCGCCGGCGGCGGCAGGGGCGGCGGGGGCGGCGGGGGCGGCGGCGGCGGUGGCGGCGGUGGCGGCAAAAACGUCGAUGGUGUUGGGCAGGACGCGGCUGCUGCAGCGAGUGCGCGGAAACCCGCCAGCGUGUCCAAGAGGCAGGCGGCAGGAACGGCUGGUGGCGGCGGCGGCGGUGCCGCGGAGGGGGUCGAUGGCACCCCGAAGAAGAAGGUCAAGCAGCGGCAAGCCGCAGGCGGCGGCGCGGCGGUUAGCGCACGGCAUCUGCGCGCGACGGCGCCGCCGAUGCUGACGCCUCAGCCAACUAAACGCGCCGCGAAGGCCAGCAAGCAGAGCCGCAAGAGCCUGUAA